CCAACAUUAUUUUCAUUCUUUAGCUCUCCCAUCAAUACUUUAUCAUAUGUCACAUUUAACAGAUUUUCAUUGGAGGAUGGUAGUUUAAACGUUACUUUAUAUUCAAGAUAUCAAUAUAUUGAAAAGUUCAUGGGAACCUAUGCCUAUGAUGGUAUAAAUAAUUUUUAUUAUGGUGUUUAUGAUCAAGGAAUUUAUUAUGAUGGUACAUUCAGUGAUCUUGACCAAGGUGAAUUAAUUGUAGAUUAUAUUAAUUAUGAAAAUUGUCACCCAGCUAUUACAGAUUUUACUAUUCAUCCAAUCAGUUAUGACCCAUCUAUCAACUAUAGAUUCUAUGUUGGUUGGUCCAAGAAAACCAAUGAAAUGCUAGUUAUAGGUUUUGAUACAUGUUGUUAUAAUUAUUUCUUUUAUUACAAUGUCACAAAAUACCCAGUUGCAACUAAAUACCAAAACAGUUUGGUUCAUACAUACGACCCAAUCGAAAAAAAUAUAUAUAUAAACUACAUUGAUCCAACCACUAACCAACGUAAUUUAUUAGUACAACCAGUUCUUUCAUCAGGAGAAGAAGCUUUUGAAGAAUAUGUUUUCCAAAAUGAUUUGGUUCCAGUAGAAAAUAAAGUUUAUUUAAUGCAAACUUCAGUUGGACCAACUACAAACAAUAUUUAUAUGAUCGAAGUAACUAAUUCCACUGGAUCAAGCAGCAGCAAAAUCAAUUUCUACUCGGUUUCAUUUGCAAAUAAUCAAGCUACCAACAAAUUACUUUUAACCUUAGACAAUAGUGCCGGUGCUAUCGAUGAUGGUAUUCCAUUUGCCUACGUUAACAAUACAGAUCCAUUCUUCUUUAUUGUUUCUAAACCACAAUCACCAGACCAAUACCUCAUCACCAAAAUCGAUUUAAAUUCAUUUGAAACACUUAAUUCUGUUACUGCAGAUAUCGAAGAUAAAAAUAAUUAUGGUUUAUAUUACCAUUAA